UCUUUCUUGAGAAUUGCAAGGCUUAAAUCAUUUUUUUUACCUUUACUUUUCUUCUAAAAGGAGUGACUCCUGAACAGACUACCAGGAAUUCAAGGCCAACACAAAAAUGGGAUACAGGAAAGUGUGAAGACAAGUCUACUGGUCUCUUCUGGACACGGAGAUUUCAGACACAGACGUCUCCCCAUGGCUCCUUAUUACAUCCGCAAGUACCAGGAGAGCGACCACACACAGGUCCUGGCAUUGUUCACCAAUGGCAUGGAAGAACACAUCCCUGCCACCUUCAAAUACCUGCUAAAGCUGCCCAGAACACUCCUGCUCUUAUUUGGGAUGCCGCUCUCACUACUCCUGGUCUAUGGCUCAUGGAUGCUGGCCAUUGCCUGUGUCUUCACUCUGCUCCUCUUCCUGUGGUUCAUUGCCAGAUUCCCCUGGAAGCAGUAUGUGGCCAUGUGUUCCAACACAGACUUGGCUGACAUCACCAAGUCCUACCUGAGCUCCCAUGACUCCUGCUUCUGGGUGGCUGAGUGUGAGGGGCAGGUGGUGGGCAUGGUGGGUGCCGUGCCUGUCAAGGAUCCUCCUUUAGGGAAGAAGCAGUUACAGCUGUUUCGCAUGUCUGUGGCCUUGGAGCACCGAGGAAAGGGGAUAGCUAAAGCCAUGGUCAGGACUGUCCUCCAGUUUGCCCGGGACCAGGGCUUCAGUGAGGUUGUCCUUGAGACUGGAGCAUUACAACCAGGUGCUCAGGCCCUUUACCAGGGAAUGGGCUUCCAGAAGACAGGCCAAUACUACAUGACUAUAUUUUGGAGGAUAGUAGAUAUUUAUUCAAUCCAAUUCAGGUAUGACCUCCCUUCUGCCCACGAAGGGGGCCUGUAAUCUCUCAGGAUGUCCUUUCCACUCUGCUAUAGUCCAGAAGCAAACCGUGAUAGUGCAGUAAUAUGGACAAUUAAAGCUCAUUGUUUGUAUAUAUCCAAGUCCAUAUGACUUAGGGGCUCUGCUCCAUUCAGGUUUUCUGAGCUACCAGUUUCAAUCACAUAAGGUCACAUUAAUGUUGUAUUAAAAACAAUUCAAUGGGGCUAGGGGCCAGUGCUGA